GGAAGUUUUGAGAAUAAAUAUCGGUACUUUUGUGCGAUAGGCGGAACUUAUCUGAGGUAUCGAUAGCGACUGUGACAACCGUGUGGAGAAAACGUGAUAAAGAAUACUCUGAAAUCAUGACUGGACGUGAGGGUGGUAAAAAGAAGCCAUUGAAGGCGCCUAAGAAGGACACCAAGGACAUGGACGAUGAAGAAAUCGCCUUCAAGCAGAAGCAAAAGGAGCAGCAGAAGGCUCUUGACGCGGCCAAGGCGAACGCCUCCAAGAAGGGUCCCCUCGUCGGCGGCGGCAUUAAGAAGUCUGGAAAGAAGUGAUUUCCACUGCCCACCAAAAUGCUGCCAAAAUGUUCAUUUAACACCCAAACUAAAUUCACACACAAAAAUUCACAAUAAGAUGAAGUGGAAGAAAAAGAAGAAGAAGCAUCAGAAUCAGAACGGAACAGAAACACGAACAUUUGCAGCCUCCAGUUUUUGCGUCAGAACCAUGGACCAAGAUUGAUUGAAGCGUGUGUGAAAACUAGAAGCAUCUGUACCCUUUUUUUUAUACUUAUAAAUAUGUACGAUUAAAUAAUGCUAUAUUUAAAUGUAUAAACUAGCACUAUUUCCCUCUGGUCUGUGUGUGCGCUUGUUGCAGCCACAAAGGCAAUCAAAUAAACGGAGAAUUUAGCAAAA